GCUUGCAAAGAUGGCCAUGCAACCAGAUGUUACGAUAACCAACCUCUCUCUGCAUAAAGGACACCGUGUGGAAGUAAGAGGACGUAUUUUAAAAGACACUAAGAGAUUUGCUGUUGAUAUGGGAGCAGACGCUGAGAAUUUGAUCAUGCACUGCAACCCUCGAUUUGAAUUUUCUGUGGAUAAAAACACCAUCAUUUUUAACUCAAAGCAAAACGGUGUCUGGGGGACCGAACAGAAGGAAACAGCGUUCCCAUUCCAGGCAGGUUCAGAAACCAUGCUGAUUUUUGAAUUUGAAGACUGCAUCACGGUGCUUUUACCUGAUGGCACAGAAGUCCCUUUCACCUGCCGGUUCCCCAUAGAUGUGAUUAAUUACCUGGCUCUCUAUAACCUUGAGCUCAUUUCAAUCUCAGUUCAUUAACUGAUCUAUAUGGAUAAACGACUCAAACAACGACUCAAACAUAUGAAACUGGGCCAAAGACACAGAUAUAUUUUAUAAUAACAGGACAAUCCUGUUAUAGAUUAACUUCGUAUUUCACAUUAGAAAGGUCAGAGCCUGUACCUCUUCUUCUGCUGUAAUGUUGGUGGCUGCUGCUUUUCAUCAGAAUACUGCUGCAAAGUCAUUUCAUUAUUCUAUCCAUUGCUCAGUCUCACCUAUUAUUUCAGAAUGUAUAUAGUGUCUGAUCACAGUUACUUAGGCAUCACAGACCUUUAAUUGAGCAUUUCCUAUGUGUGCAUUAUAUGUUUAUUAGCAUUGAGUCCCGUGCCAGCGGAAUAUUCACUUGCACUAACAAUAAAGUCUUAUUGCAUCUGUCUUCUGUAGACAGUAUUUAGGUGGCACACUGGCACCAAGCCAAACCUAUAGGGAUGUUUCUUCCUGAAUAAGAAUGUAUGUCAUCCUUUACUCCUGUAGCACAGUAUGUCAAUCUGUACAAUUUGCAAUACAUUAAGAGCACAGAGGGAGGGGAACUGGGAAAUAUAAAUAUAAUACACCAGCCAUGAA